UCAGGAAAACAAAAUAAAGUUCAUUGUACAUUAUUUUGAAAGGAUAUCCUCAUGUAUGCCUGUUAUCUAUGUCUCAUUUGAGCGGAAGGUUCUUCCUUUAGACUCUCGUCCUUUAUUCAUCUCUUAUCCUGAUGCUGACGCUUGGAGCAAAUUUGCCGUACCCCUCUGCCCUUUUGAGGCUUACAGUUUAGGCUCAAUAGAAGAUCACUCCACCGAUGCUCUUCAAGUGGAUUUUGCAAACAAGUAUAUUGGAGGUGGUGCACUUCAUAGGGGCUGUGUGCAGGAAGAGAUCCGUUUCAUGAUCAAUCCAGAAUUAAUUGCUGGGAUGCUUUUCUUGCCUUCCAUGGCUGACAAUGAGGCUAUAGAAAUUGUUGGUGCAGAAAGAUUCUCAGACUAUAAUGGGUAA